CAGGCAAGUACCACUUACAUGAUCCCAUACAGAUGGAUUCCAUACUCCCAUAUCAAUACAUAGGUAUAAAGUGAAAUAUGUGCGUAAAUUUAUAGCGUGAUGUGUAAGAAGGCUACUGCGAAAAAGUCAAAUGACCAGGCCUAUUCCCACCUACGGGAUCUGCUAAUACUGCUAAUACUAUCAGUGGCGCUGUAUGUAGUAACGGCAGUAACUUUGACUAAAGCUGCAGCACUAGACUUAGCAUACGUCACGAACUACUUGGGCUGUGCUGCCUUCCUUCUGGGAUCCAUGGCAUACAUCGUUGUACCGUUUGUACAGGCCUAUAAAAAGGCGCUACCUCGUAAGUCGCCUACACAAGAUAACAAAGUAUCACCUUAAGAAGGGUUAGAUACGGUAAAGCAUCGCUGCGGGGUGUUCACGAAGUUACUGUUGUACAUAUCUCUGUAGCAGUUGAUUACGUUACUGCAAAUAUAUUAUUUACUAGAUUUUGCGGCGCUACAUUAGCAAUUGUUAUGUAACCUUGCAGAAGCUGGAUAUCGCAUCAAUUUCCACACCAAGUUGCUGGCUCAUAGUGGAGAAUACGCUCAAAACUCUGAUAACACAAACUAAAGCACCUGGAAGUUGAACAACGCUACGAAGCACAAUUGAAAGAUAGCUGUAUGUCAAUAUAGCAGAAGUCGUAACAAGAAAAUCAAAAUUUAAAUGAAUGCAAUCUAAGAGAAAGUAGAGAUUGACCGACUAACCAGGACACGUUACGCUUUGAUAGAUCUCUCAAAGGAUUUAAUAGUUUUAACUCGUACAUUCAGUUACAUACUACUGUAUGAAAAAAUGAAUAUCAAAGGCGAACCAAAUUAAAAAAAUGGGCGGGAUAAGACCCACACUCUAUAUACUCAAUGGAAAUCUCCUUACUACAUCAACCGAAUAAACAUUGUGCGUUGAGAAAUAACAGCAACUUGGGAUCUAUUACAGUCACGUUUUGAUGAGGGAACGCAGUG